GUCGAACAGCUUGCCUCGUCCUCGCGCGUCCGCUUUUCGAUUUCCGGAUACAUUAUUCGACUCAAGAGCUAUAUAUUGCCAAAAUAUUGAACUCAGCUCAACGCGGCCUUGUGUGUGUUGUGCGUGUUGCGUGUGCUGCUGGAGGAUAUAGUUUCCAUCGGUGUCCCGGUUCCGAUCCCGCGUUCAAGAGCGUUUCCCGUUGGUUCCAUACUGCCCGCCUGGUAGGCAACAAAAUGGUGAACGUAACCAUCUACGAUGAGGCACCCAAGCUGAAGCCCAACGAAGUACCGCAAAACAUGGCCGCAGGAGCUGAUACCCAACUGGAGCACAUGUGCCGUCUGCAGUUCGACUCGCCGGUGCCCCAUGUCCGUCUCUCCGGAAUCGUAUGCACCAUCGGACCUGCCUCGCGCAGCGUGGAGAUGCUGGAGAAGAUGAUGGCCACCGGCAUGAACAUUGCCCGCAUGAACUUCUCGCACGGCUCGCACGAGUACCACGCCGAGACGGUCGCCAAUGUGCGGCAGGCGGUGAAGAACUACUCGGCCAAGCUCGGCUACGAGCAUCCCGUGGCCAUUGCUUUGGACACCAAGGGUCCCGAGAUCCGUACCGGCCUGAUCGGUGGCAGCGGCACCGCCGAAAUCGAGCUGAAGAAAGGCGAGACCAUCAAACUGUCCACCAACAAGGAUUACCUGGAGAAGGGCUCCCUGGAGAUUGUCUAUGUGGACUACGAGAACAUCGUGAACGUGGUGAAGCCCGGCAACCGUGUCUUCGUCGAUGACGGUCUCAUUUCGUUGGUGGUGCGUGAGGUGUCCAAGGACACGAUCACCUGCGAGGUGGAGAACGGCGGUUCUCUGGGAUCCCGCAAGGGUGUCAACCUGCCCGGCGUGCCCGUCGAUCUGCCCGCUGUGUCCGAGAAGGACAAGAGCGAUCUGCAGUUUGGCGUCGAGCAGGAUGUGGACAUGGUCUUCGCCUCCUUCAUCCGCAACGCCGCCGCUCUGACCGAGAUCCGCAAGGUGCUCGGCGAGAAGGGCAAGAACAUCAAGAUCAUCUCGAAGAUCGAGAACCAGCAGGGCAUGCACAACUUGGAUGAGAUUAUCGAGGCCGGCGAUGGCAUCAUGGUGGCUCGUGGUGAUCUGGGUAUUGAGAUUCCCGCCGAGAAGGUCUUCCUUGCCCAGAAGGCAAUGAUCGCGCGUUGCAACAAGGCCGGCAAGCCCGUCAUCUGCGCCACUCAGAUGCUGGAGUCCAUGGUAAAGAAGCCCCGUCCCACUCGCGCCGAGAUCUCGGACGUUGCCAACGCCGUGCUCGAUGGCGCCGACUGCGUCAUGUUGUCCGGUGAAACCGCCAAGGGCGAGUACCCGCUGGAGUGCGUCCUGACCAUGGCCAAGACCUGCAAGGAGGCAGAGGCUGCCCUCUGGCAUCAGAACCUGUUCAACGAUCUGGUCAAGAGCGCCGGCCCCAUUGACCCUGCCCAUGCCGCUGCCAUCGCUGCCGUUGAGGCCGCCACCAAGGCCAAGGCUGCCGCUAUCGUGGUGAUCACCACCAGCGGCAAGUCGGCCUUCCAGGUGAGCAAGUACCGCCCACGCUGCCCGAUCAUUGCGGUCACCCGCUUCCCCCAGACCGCCCGUCAGGCCCAUCUUUACCGUGGCCUGGUGCCACUCAUCUACAAGGAGCCCGCUCAAGGCGACUGGCUGAAGGAUGUGGAUGUGCGCGUCCAGUUCGGCGUGCAGGUGGGCAAGAAGAACGGAUUCGUCAAGGCCGGCGACUCUGUCGUUGUGGUGACCGGCUGGAAGCAGGGCUCCGGCUUCACCAACACCAUCCGCAUUGUCACCGUCGAAUAAACUUUGCCGCUCAGGAAGUACCUAGAUGCGUCGCAGCUGUCGCGGGCGUCGCGUUGAUUAAUGUUAAUAACCAAGUUAAUUUAUUAAUUACACAAUAUUCGGAAUAUUGGAACCUGCAGGAGGAUGCUAGAACCGCUGUCGAAGCGCCGAAGGUCAUCCCGGGCCUCAAACAGACACACAAAUAUAAUGUACCGUUGUUGAAUAAUAUAGAUUUCUUCGAAAAGAUACAAUUAAUAAAGUCGCUAUAUGUAUGUAUGUAUGGAAAA